GACUGCGCAAGGAGCUCCUGUCUCGUGCAGUGUGCUUGUAUUUGCGGUAAUUUCUAUAUAUCAAGCGCCGGGGCUGCUGGGAAAUAAAAUGAUGAUAAAAUAUGCAUAUAUUGACUGCCUCACGUACUCAGAUAAAAGGGUGACGAGAAUAAUACACAUUCCGAAAAUGGCCUGCAAGUGGAUAUCACAGGAGACCUUUGAUGCUGUCGUACUAGAAAAUAUUGCAGAGUUUGAUAUGGAACCUGAAGAAGCUUUAACUGAAGCCAUUCAACAGUUUGAAUCGCAGGGAGUCGACUUGACAAACAUAAUCAAGGCUGUGCGGAUACAAAGUGAGGAAGGUGACGCUGCUCCAAACCAUGAUAUCCUGCUGACAUUAGAAUCCUUGAGAAAUGCUGUGGGAACAUCUUCUAUAAGCAGUGUAUCAGAGCUUCUCGUACGGUUUGGAGAUCAGUGCAAGCAGAGCAUGGCACAUCGGUACCUUGCUGGACAGAAGUCUGCCUACCCUGUGGUACUGGAAGCAUGGAAACUGUGUGAGGGAGACAAAGAGACUCUUUUAAAUGCCCUUUAUGGUAUGUCUUCUCUCACUGAUGGGCAGCCUGAUUUUCUGGAGAAUGUGGGACAAGAACUGUUAAUUCGUACCCUGCAGAAUUACUCAAAAGAUGUUGAAGUGACUUUACUUGCCAUUCGCCUUGCCCGCCAUGUAUGCCUAAAGCAUGAACAGAACCGCCAAAACCUUGUUAAAGCAGGAAUCUUGCGCCAUCUUACACAGGCCAUAUCAAAACAUGGCACGGACCCAGAUGUUGUACGUGAAGCAAGCUCUGCCUUGAGGAUCAUGACCUUUGAUGAUGACAUCAGAGUUCCAUUUGGACAGGCUCAUGACCACGCUAAAAUGAUUGUUUUGGAGAAUAAUGGCUUAAAAUUAUUGAUAGAGGCCGCAAAAGGCUUCACAGAUAACAGUGUAGUCUUAAGUGAACUGUGCUCUACUGUUGCUCGACUUUGCGUGCGUAAUGAGUUCUGCCAAGAUGUGGUCGACCUGGGUGGGCUGAACUUUAUGCUGGCCCUGCUAGCUGACUGCAUCGAUCAUCAGGACCUUGUAAAGCAGGUACUGAGCGCCAUCAGAGCCAUUGCAGGGAACGAUGAUGUGAAAGAUGCUAUUGUAAACUCCGGGGGAACGGAUUUGGUUAUCCUUGCGAUGACCAGACACCUCUCCAACACCCAGAUCUGUGAUCAGGGCUGUGCCGCCCUUUCUAUGUUAGCCCUUCGUAAACCAGAGAACUGUAAAGUCAUUAUGGAAGGAGGUGGGGCUUUGGCUGCUCUCCAAGCAAUGAAGGCUCACCCUAAGGAUUCAAUUGUACAGAAACAAGCCUGCAUGGUGAUCAGGAACCUGGUGUCCCGCACUCGCGAUUUCUCACAAUCCAUUCUGGAAAUGGGAGCAGAGUCUUUAAUUCUCCAAGCCCGCAGCGCUCACAAGGACUGUGACGAUGUCGCCAAAGCUGCUCUGAGGGACCUAGGAUGUGAAGUAGAGCUAAAAGAGCUAUGGACUGGCCAGAAAGGCAGCUUGAAGCAGUAACCUCAGUAUACCUUAUACCCAUAUUAAAAAAAAAAAAAUUGGCAAAUGUGAUGCCUUCAGUGUAUCCUUUAUAGUAAGAGCAAAUUCCUAUUUAUUUUAUUUUAUGACAUGAUAUAUCUCAUUUAUUGCUCUGUUUCCUUGCAGUAUUUCACUGAAUGUCUUCACAUAAUUGCCUAAGCCCACUUUCUGCAUUUGCUUGUUGCAGCAUUAAAAGUGCAGCUACAGUUGUAUUACAGUACCUUUACAUGGACUGAUAGAACAGGCAGUGAUCGGGAAUACGUUCUUGAUCAUUGCCUACCCGUUAGCAGCAUUGACCACCAAUGUCUGGGGAUGAAAGACUGUUACUGCAAUUGUUCGUCCCCAUACAGAUUCAUUGUUCGUCGGCAGCACGACAUGGCGACAUGCAGUAGACAAAUCAUCAUUUUUUUUGUGCCGCAUAAAGGAUGUGAUCUGAUACAAUCAGAUAAUUGGCUUGUUUAAAAGAGCCUUUAAAUGUUGACCGUGAAUAUGAGCCCCUGAGACUUUGUGGUCAUGCACUGUGUUCUGGCAAGUGGAAGAAAACAAGCUUAGGCCUCAUGCACAUGACUGCAUGUAUUUGUGGGUGAUGUCCGUGUUGCAUCUGUUAAGUUUUUUUGCAGACCCAUUGACUUAAAUGGGUCCAUGGUCCAC